GUGCUACAACAUCACCGUUUGGAUCUGCAGCAUCAACAGCAUCGCCGUUCACAGGGACGUCGUCAGCCACGCCAUUUGGUUCAGGAUCUCACGCCGCCAACUCUCCCUUUGGGCCCUCUACUUCCACAUCAUCUUCCUUUGCGACAUCCACAUCUGGAUCUACAACUUCAGCUUCACCAUUCGGUCCAAGCGCAGGUGUCACUUCAGCAUCACCUUUCGCAACUGCCACUACAUCGUCACCUUUUGCAGCUGGAGUCUCUGGAGGAUCCGGAGCUGUUUCACCUUUCACAAAGUCCGAGCCCAAAGCUACACCAACACAAGCAACACAAAGAUCUCAAUCGCCCUUUGCGAGCGGAGGGGUGGCAUCUGCAUCACCCUUUACUUCGGCAGGGGCAGCAGCUUCUCCCUUCGCGCGAGGUGGAGCGACUUCCCCUUUUGCACAAGGUGCACAGACUGGGCCUGGGCCGAGCAGUGUGAGGACAUCUAGCCAGGGCAAUAAAGAUGUCAAGGAGGAAGCGACCGACCUUUUGAAAAGGGUCGGUUGGCAGCUUACGAGCUUCGGCGACAACCAGGCCACUUUGGUGUCCAACGACAUGUCCUUUGAAGAGCUUCAUUGGACAUUGCUACAAAAGCCAAGAAAUGAGUGGAGUUCUUUGGCGGCCGAGAAGUUGGCAGAGGCCAAACAGAAGUGGAGCUCUCUAUGCUCUUCCUCUCAGGAGGCUUCAAAGCCCACGUCACCCUUCGGUGCCUGCGGAGCUUCGCCAUUUGCCAACGCUGCUGGCGCCGCUAGCGCUAGUGGUGCGAGCGUUCCUUCACCCUUUGGAAGCGGAGCAAGAAGUGUGUCACCUUUUGCAUCAGCAGUUGCCUCCCCUUUCGCGAAAGUUCAGUCACAAGCAGCAAGUCCAGCUGGCUUGGAGCCAGUGACCUUAAGGCCUCAUGAGGAGCGCCCGCUUGAUGAUGAGGCGCUCAAGGCUUUCCAAGCACUCACUUUCGAGUGGCAAAAGAUCCCCGAGGUGGAUUAGAAUCAUGCCAAGCUCAAACAGAAUCUCUUCUGUCACAGGUGGAGCCGCCACCAUCAGUGUGCUGAGCCAGACUUGAGACCAGUUUGUGCGCCAACUCUUUCAGGGAAAAAGAC